AUGCAUGCCAUCAUGGAUUGGAUUCUUGCGGAUGAUCAUCAGCUCAUUGUCUCAAUUGUGGGUGUAAAAGGCACUGGUAAGUCCACCCUUGCUCGAUUAGUUUAUAACCAUCAGACUUUGUCAACACGCAGAGCCAAUGAAAUUUUGCGAGAGAUACAGGAAAAAGUUAGGUCUGUGGAACUAGUCCCAUGUAAUGAGAUCACUGAAGAAACAAUACAGGGGGGCACUGUACACUCAACUGAAGGGAGAUACAUCAUUGUCUUUAACGGUGUCUAUUCGAUAGAAUUCCGAGAUUUAAUGGAAAUGGCAUUUCCAGACACAUCACAAGGUAGUAGAAUUAUUGUAACUACUAACAAUAUUUGUGCUGCCCCUCGUGCUGGCCCAAAUAAAUUUACUCUCAAACUGGCUCUACUGACUGAUGAUCACAGUUGGGAAUUGUUUACCUGCACUUUGGGAAUGUGUGUUCUACCCAAAUCAGAUUUGAUGAAGCUAAGAAGAAAGAUAUUGAGGACUUGUGGGGGUUUGCCACUAUCUAUAAUGGAACUGGGACGUCAACUUUCAAGUGCUGAGCCAACUUCUGAGGCGCGGUCAAGGGUGAUUGAAAGCUUCAAUGGACAGCAGAAACCCUGGUUAGAUUUGUCUGUGAUUUCAGAUUUCCCCCUGAACUUGAGGCGAUGUCUACAGUAUUUUGAAAAAUUCCUGGCAGAGUUUGAGAUCCCUGUGAGGAGAUUGAUUACAUUGUGGGUUGCAGAGGGUUUGGUCCGUGGUGGUCGAGAUCAUCCAAAAUAUAUUGCAAAAAGGAUCUUGGCAGAGUUGACAGAUCGGAACAUGGUUCAAGUGAUAGAAAGGAAGCUUACUGGGGAAGUUAAAACAUGUUGCAUGCCACCUGCUCUGAGAAAACUCAAUUUAAAAGAUGAAAUACGUAGUUCCAACAGGCCCCGGGUCACUUGUCUUGCAGACCAUCUUGAUGACCAGGAUUCCAGUUAUAAGCACAUUCAUGGCGACUCUUCAAAUCUCUCUGAUUUAGAACUCCGUGAUCAUUAUGAGCAUACUUCUUCCUUUCUCUCGUUCGAUACUCGAGAAGGAAGUAAGCCUGGAGAAGAAAUAGGAAACUUUCUUGAUCGAUGUGUCUCCUCUGGUUGCUUCCUAUUGCUUCGGGUGCUCGAUCUUGAACGCGUAUUUAGACCCAGGUUGCCCAAGGAAGUAGGUGAGCUAAUUUUGUUGCACUACCUUGGCUUGCGAUGGACUUUUCUUGAGACGCUUCCAUCAAAUAAUAUGCAUCACACACAAAUCGUGGGCAUGACAAUUAAUGCAAGCAGGCAGUUGGAGUAA